CACAACAAAUAAGAAUGCAAAUAAUGCAAUAAUAAUUAUACAAAAUUAUAUCGCAUUUACUAUUGCAGAAAUAUUACAGUGUGGCAAACAGACACAUCUGUGUCGUUCUGAGUGACGUCAGGCGCUGAACCGGAAGCUGUUCAGUUGUAAUCGCGGCUGCGUGUGAAUGUGAUAGUGGGUUCGGGCGAUGCACUGACAGCUGAACGACACAGGUUACCAGCGACGGGCGGAAAUGGAAUAAUCUAUUGAUGCAUGCACAUACACACUUGUACAAACAUGAUCUAGUUCGGUUUGCGUGGAUUAUGUGUUGAUUUAAUGUAUCAGACGGGGAGUCGUGAUACAAACAGCGCUGAUCGGUGGAUUUAAAUAGGGGUUUAUUGCAUUUAAAUGGCUUUACAUGAGCAUAUCAGUCUGCUCCGCUCACGGGAAUGAUCUUCUAGCGGAUCGCGAAGUCUGUGUUUAAUACCGUCAUCCGCAGCAGUUACGCCACACCAUCAUCAUCAUCAUCAUCAUCAUCAUCAUCAUCUGCAUCAUCUGUCGGUUGGGCUCCGUCGAUCAGUGGGUGGAUAUUUCUCUCCGUUAAUAUCUCCAGACACCGGGAAUCAUGGGGAACAGCACCUCAUGCUGCGUGUCGUCUAGCCCGAAGCUCCGGAGGAACGCGCACUCGAGGCUGGAGCCAUACCGGCCCGAACCGGAGCUGAGUCGAGAGGACACGGGCUGCAACCUCCAGCACAUCAGCGACAGAGAGAACAUAGACGAACUCAACAUGGAGUAUAACCCCUCGGAACACCCACGGGCCAGCACCAUCUUCCUCAGCAAGUCUCAAACAGACGUUCCUUUACCCAACAAGAAAGUUCGGGAAAAAAGGAAAAGUCUGUAUGUCAACCAUCAACAUCCAUCUGGACCAAUGAGGCGCAAGUACAGCUCCUGUUCUACGAUCUUUCUGGACGACAGCACUGUCAGUCAACCCAACCUCAAGUAUACUAUUAAAUGUGUCUCCCUCGCAAUAUACUACCACAUAAAGAACAGAAAUGUGGACGGGCGAAUGUUGUUAGACAUUUUUGAUGAAAAACUUCAUCCACUUUCGAAAUCAGAUGUGCCGUCGGAUUAUGACAAACACGACCCGGAACAGAAACAGAUCUACCGAUUCGUCCGGAUGCUCUUCAGUGCCGCCCAGCUCACAGCAGAGUGUGCCAUAGUUACACUGGUGUAUCUGGAGAGAUUAUUAACAUAUGCAGAGAUUGACAUCUCUCCUGCUAACUGGAAGAGGAUUGUGUUGGGUGCCAUCCUGUUGGCGUCAAAGGUGUGGGAUGACCAGGCUGUGUGGAAUGUCGACUAUUGCCAGAUCCUUAAAGACAUCACCGUCGAAGACAUGAACGAGUUGGAGAGGCAGUUUCUAGAGCUUCUACAAUUCAAUAUCAACGUUCCAUCCAGCGUCUACGCCAAGUAUUACUUCGACUUGCGUUCACUCUCGGAGGCGAACAACAUCAACUUCCCCCUGGAGCCUCUCAGCAGAGACAAGGCCCAGAAACUGGAGGCGAUCUCCAGGCUUUGCGACGACAAAUAUAAAGACUUGAGAAAAGCAGCCAAGAAGCGCUCAGUGAGUGCAGAUAACCUGACUGUGGUCAGAUGGUCCCCCGCCAUCAUAUCCUAAUAACAGUGGACAUCGGGGACUCUUGCAAGAGACAGAGGAGAAGAGACUGUCGGAAGAAGCGUUCUCUAAGAGGACACAUGUGCUUUAGUACCUCCACAACACUCUUGAGCCAGAGGCUUUUGUUCAGAAGAGUGUCCUUGCUGGUCGAAAGGCUGCUGUAUAUACAAGACAAGACCCACACAAAGAUAACUUUCAAAGCUUUGGCUUAGAGGACAAAGAGGAGGACACUGCUGCUGCAGUUCAGAAUAACUGGAGGACAUGGAUGAAAGGAUAGAAAUGAUGGAGAAACUCCAAGUGAUGCCCAAUGACAGGAACAGCAUUCCAACAGCUUUGUGUCAUAUGUGUUUGCCAUUAUAGGUGAGGAAGUUUCUUAGAACAUUUCAUGUGCGCACAUAAAUGUAUCCUAACAGCCAAAAAUCUCAAGAUGUUUCCUAGACACAGUGGCCCCAAAAAGUAGUUGGACUCUUAAGUCACACUUAAAACAUCAAAAUGUUUUGCAUUUAUAUAACAAACUAUCAAACAAAGUGGCAUUUAUUUUACUGAAGCUUAUUUUAGCUUUAUUUUAUUUUAAAAUUAAGUCAAAAGUUUUUGGACUUUUUUGGUUGUCAAAGAUUGAACAUGUCCACACAGGAGUUAAUGUGCUGAGCUUCAACUGUGGUUACUCUGCUAGGACACCUGUGUGAAAUUUAGGGAAAUCGACUUCAUACGUGCACUAAAAUAAACUUGACAGCAAUUGGUUAAAAGUAAUCGCUAAAAUGGCUUAGAGACUGUUCUGAGAAAAGCUCUAGCAUCAUUUGUUUACAGAUGCCACACAUUAUUUACAUACAUACUUUGUAUUUAAUUCAUUGACAUUCAGUCAUUUAUAAGUGUGACUUCAGUGUCCAAAUACUUUGUGGGACCACUGUAGUAUUCCUUGAAGUAUUUCUGUCCAAACCAAAUGACUGUGAUGUGAUCAAACAACAGAAUUACCACUGUAGUUAUAUAUACUGUUAUUUAAUGUUUUGUGAUCUCAUUUAAGAAUUAUUAUAAAUUAAAAACAACCUUAAUGAUGGUUUAUUAUUGUAAAAUUAGUUUUUAACAAUGCUUGUUCAUGGGGAAACAGUCACAGGACAAAUUCUUUAUUUUUAUUUUUGUUAUUUUUUUACUCUAUUUUUUUUCCACUUUGUAAUACAUUAUUAAGACCUUGCUGUUUAGUGUUAUUAGCUAAGAGUAACGGAAGUUACUUUGCAGUUGAAGAUUUACUAAAGCAAAUACAAGCGGUGGUCCAGGGGUCUCCACGUGAACUUCCUUGAGUGAUUUCCUAUUAAAACAGAAGUUUUGAUAACUGAUCAGUGCCAUGAAAACCCGGAAAGAGACAUAAUCUUGAAAAGUUAAAUGCUGAAUUUUCCAUUGAAAUUUUAUGAGAGAAUGGAGAAGUUUUAAGACUGAACUCCAUUUUAUUUCUACAGAGCCAAUAAUUACAUUCAGGGGCGUAAAUAGAGGGAGGGCAGGGA